AUGCACGUCCUCCUCACCUCCGCACACGGCUGGGUCGGCUCCCAUAUCACCCCCCUCCUCCUCUCCGCCGGUCACUCCGUCACCGGCCUCGCUCGCUCUUCCACCUCCGCCGAGAAGGUCAAGUCCCUCGGCGUCACUCCCCUCCUUCUCGGCCUGGACGACCCCGCGGGCAUCGCCAACUUUGUCAAGACCUCCUCGGUCGACGCUGUCAUCCACACGGCUUUCGGUCACGACUUCUCCAAGUACAUGCAGAACAUCGCGGACGAUCUCGCGGUGAUCAAGGCCAUCGGCGCCGAGCUGGAGGGCACAGGCAAGCCGUUCAUCACCACCUUUGGGCUCAGUGCGCCCAGGGAGGAUCAGGCGCCGGCGCAAGACAGCCCCAACCCGAGGGGCAGGAACGAGGAUGCGGUGCAGGAGCUGGCGGGCAGGGGGGUGCGGGCGAUGAUAGUGCGCUUGCCGCCCUCCGUGCAUGGUCCCAAGGACGCGGGGUUCGUCCCCGCCCUCAUCGGGUGUGCGCGAAACAAGGGCGCCUCGGCGUAUAUCGAAGGGAAGGGUACCUGGGCGGCGGUGCAUGUCAAGGACGCGGCGCGGCUCUACAUGGCGGUACUGGGGAAGGGAAUGGCGGGCGGGCGGUACCAUGCUGUCGGGGACACGGGCGUGCCGUUCGGGGAGAUCGCGAAAGCUAUCGCAAAGGGCGUCGGAGUGGAGGCCAGGGCGGUAGAGCAGGCUGAGGUGGGGCAGUACGUCGGAUUCCUCGCCAAGUUUGUGGAUGGGGACUUCGAUGCCGAUGUGGAUAUCACCAAGAAGGACCUUGGGUGGGAGCCAAAGGAGAAGGGGUUGCUGCAGGAUAUGAAGGAGGGGGACUACUUUGAUCAGAAAUAG